AGGGGUGAUUCUCUCUUUCUCGAAAUUAACGGAUCGAUUGUUUCUAUAGUCUUAGUGAGAGAGAGAGAGAGAGAGAAGGGAUACUUAACGCAAUUCAUAUUACUGAUGGAAAAUGAACACUCUCUUCCAGAUUCCACUCAAGAGCCUAUUCAGCAAACGUGGUCAGAACAAUAUACGGCUUUACGUUCUCGAUUCCCUUCCUUGUCACUGGAUGAACUAAGGCAGUUGUUGUACGAAAGAGGACGAAGAACAUCUCGCUCCACUUUAGCCAUUGUCUUUUUAUCUUUGGUUUGUUUCUCUCUGGUAGUUGCUUUAUGGUCAGUAGAAGGGAUUGGAAGAGUAAAAUGUCCUGAAUGUAACUGUGGCUCAGACGCACAAAGUCCAGAAACCACCACCCAAAUAGCAGAUGAAGCUGAAAAAGCAGUAGGGUUUGGCUUAACAGUGUCUGGUUUGACUCUUUUAUUGUGUAUAUUUUCGACGUAUUUUAUUUUACAAAACCACUUUACAGCUCUUCCCGACUGUAUAGCUUAUGUAUUUUUGGGUAUCUUAGUGGGCGCCAUGAUAAGAAUAUUCGCAAGAGACAUUGUAGGUUUUGUGAACCAAGCACUACCUAGUCAAGUUCAAUUCUUUUUAUUUGUUCUCCCACCUAUCAUCUUUGAGGCAGGAUAUUCUUUGAAUAAGACUGAUUUCUUUGCUCAAAGUGGUAGCAUAUUUGUAUUUGCAGUUAUUGGAACUUUUGUGUCAGCAGUUGCUUUUGGAAUCCUCUUAUGGCUCAUGGGCAUAAUUCAUGCAAGUUUUACUUUAACUUUUUGGGAAGCCUUGAGUUUUGGAGCUCUUAUAUCUGCGGUUGAUCCCGUUGCCACUAUUGCAGUGUUCAAUGCGUUGAGAGUGAACAAAACUUUGCAUUUCUUAGUAUUUGGUGAAAGUGUGUUGAAUGAUGCUGUUGCUAUUGUACUUUAUCAUGUAUUUUCUUCUAUGCUUGUGUCUGAUCGUCCAUCUUCGAUCACACCUUUUUUUCAAUUUAUUGAAAUAUUCUUUGGUUCAGCAGCCAUUGGCUUUGUGAAUGCUGCAGUGACUGCCCUUAUGUUGAAAUAUACCAACUUGUUUCGAUAUCCUACUUUGGAAAGUAGUUUAUAUUUCAUGUUGGCAUUCUUUCCUUAUUUGUUAUGUGAAGGUGUUGGUUUAUCGGGUAUUAUGGGUGUCUUAUCGAAUGGAGUAUUCUUAGCACAUUAUGCACAUCCCAAUUUGAGUCCCAUUGCACAAAUAUCAUCGCAACAGGCUUUCAAGAUGAUUGCCUUUUUAGCGGAAACCUUUGUAUUUGUUUAUUUAGGUUUAGCAUUGACUACCUUUCGUCUAUCUUGGCAACCAUUACUUGUCUUAUGGGGUAUUAUUUUUACUCUUGUAUCGAGAGCAUUCAAUAUAUUUCCUCUUUCCUGGAUAUUGAAUCGAUAUCGAGCAGAUAAAAUAUCCAUGAAGAAUCAAUUCAUUAUGUGGUUUUCUGGUUUAAGAGGCGCAAUAGCCUUUGCCUUAUCUUUGAAUUUUCCUACUCAAGGUGCGAAUAGUGAAGUUCGACGUGCAGUUAUAUCUACUACAUUGUCAAUUGUAUUAUUCACUGUGAUUGUAUUGGGAGGAGGUACUAUGCCUUUGUUACGUUUAUUGCGUGUGGAAGGCGCUGAUUCUGCAGAAACGGAUGUAGUUCAUUCUCGUUUUAUUGAGAAUAAUGAAGAGGAGGACACUACAGAAGAUAGCAAUGGCAGAGCAGCACUUCAUGGAAUAGUAACUUCGAGAGAAUACAAAUCCAAUUUCCAAUUAGGUGGUGGUGGUGGUAUUAUUCGACCAUUUGGUAUUUUUCAAUAUUUUGAUAAUUGUUAUUUGAAACCUUGUUUUCGUGUGGCACAUACUAGAACAGGUGAAGCAACGGAAAGAGCCUUACGUCGUAUUGCUAGUACAAGAGGAAGAUAUCUUACUCCUCAUGAAAUUGGAAGUUAUUUAGAAGCUGCUGCUGAAGAAGUAUCUCCCUUAUACUCUCCUCGAGUAGUGGAAGAAGACUCUUUGGAAUUAUCAUAACGGUCAUGAUUCUUUAUCACAUGAAUAACUUAA